AUGGAGUUGAUGCAAAGGAGCUUGGCACUGGGCUGGACAACUGCCAUUUUGGUGUUACAGAUGGCCAUGGCAGAGUGUCCCAGGUGGACUCUGAAUGGCAAGUACCAGGUAUUUGCAGACCUGAGCAUCCAGGAGAUAAAAUCUGUGCAGGACUUCCUGAUGAACAAGACAGAACUGGAGCUGCAGCCUUCUAAGACAUUGACUCUGGCCAGGAACUCCCUGUUCCUCAUUGAGAUGCUGCUGCCCAAAAAGAGGAGUAUGCUGGAUUUUCUGGAUAAAGGGACAAGACCUCCUGUGCGGGAAGCCCAUGUCGUCAUCUUCUUCGGUGCUCAGCAGCAUCCCAAUGUCACCAAGCUUGUUGUGGGGCCCCUGCCUCAGCCCAUCUACAUGUGAAAACUGUCCCACAGGCCAGAGACUCAUCGGUCCUGGGCAUCCAGACCCAUAUCCAGAGCAGAGUACAGCCUCCUGCACCACACCCUGAAGGAGGCCACAAAGCUCCAACAAUUUUUGCAUGACAUCACAGGCUUCUCACUACAGGACUGUAAGGGUCAAUGCCUGACCUUCACCGAUGUGGCCCACCAUGGCGUGGCAUCUAGAGGCCGUCGUACGUUUUUUGCCUUGCAGCGUAUUACAGAAGGCCACUUCCUGUGCCCCACUGGGUUGGAGAUCCUCGUGAAUCAUGUGAGUAUAAAUCCCCAACACUGGAGUGUGGAGCAAGUCUGGUAUAACGGCAAGUUCUGCCGCAGCACGAAGGAACUGGCCCAGAAAUAUGCAGAUAGAGACGUGGAUGUGGUGGCCCUAGAGGACCCACUGCCCAAGAGCACAGAUCAGCUGAAAUUCCAUGGAGAAUUCCCGCCCAUCACUCAGGCUGAUCCUCAUCUGGUCCAGCCCAGUACAACCCGACACAGCAUAAUGGAAAACACUGUGCUAUAUGGAGGCUGGAGCUUUGCUUUCCAGCUGAGAUCCUCUUCUGGGCUGCAGAUCUUUAAUGUGCACUCUGGGAAUGAACUUAUCGCAUACAAGAUCAGUGUACAGGAGGUCGUGUUGCUGAAUGAAGGACACACACCUGCAGGCAUGCAGACCAAGUACACGAAUGUGUGCUGGAGCAGUGUCCCUCAUGAGUUGGCACCUGGCAUUGACUGUCCAGACACAGCCACCUUCUUGGAUGUCAUCCACUACUAUGACAGUGAUGGUCCCGUACAUUGUCCAAGAGCACUCUGCAUCUUUGAGAUGCCCACAGGGAUGCCUGUUCAGUCCAAUUUUAACAACUUUACAGGUGGCUUCAACCCCUAUGAAGAGUUAAGGGGAUACAUGCUGGUGCUUCGAACAGUCUCAACAAUUCACAACAUUGAUUACAUCUGGGAAUUUAUUUUCUAUUCUAAUGGCAUGAUGAAGGCCAAGAUGUAUGCCCCAGGGUAUGUCCAUACCACCUUCUAUACACCCGAGGGCCUAUGCCACAUCAUUCACCAGCUCACCUACUACCCUGGCAACAUCCGCACCCACCUGGUGCAUUACCGCAUUGACCUAGAUGUGGCAGGUACCAAGAACAGCUUCCAUACACUGCAAACCAGGUGGGGCAACAUCACCAACCAUGGGACCACAAGACACUAUCCCACAGUGGAGCAGACUCAGUACUCCUGGGAGCGCCAGGCCGCCUUCCACUUUGGACAGGCUCUGCCCAAGUUCCUGCUCUUUAGCAGCCCCAGAAAGGACAUCUGGGGCCACAGGCACAGCUACCGCCUGCAGAUCAACUCCAAAGAUAAGCUGGCGCUGCAACCAGGAUGGCAGGAGGAGUGGGGUGCCCCCUGGACCAGAUACCCCCUGGCAGUGACCAAGUACCAGGAGACUGAGAAUUACAGCGGCAGCUCUUACAACCACAACAACUUCAAGGACUUUGUUCGGAGCAAUGAGAGCAUUGAAGAUGAGGAUUUGGUGGCCUGGGUGACAGUGCCCUUCCUACAGACUGAUGAUGCGCUCAGCAUGGACACACCUGAGAACUUCGUGGGUUUCCUGAUCUGGCCCUUCAACUCCUUCCACGGCUUCCAGAGAUAA